AUGAGGGCCGCCGCGGGCAGGAGCGCCCACCUGGGGCCCGUGCCCGCCGCCCGCCCGCUGCGCUCCCUGCUCGGGUCGCGGGAGCUGCUGCUGCUGCUGCUGCUGCUGGUCGCGGCGCCGCCGGCCGCGCGGGCCCAGGCCGCGGAGUUCCCUGAGCUGUGCAGUUAUACAUGGGAAGCCGUUGAUACCAAAAAUAACAUACUUUAUAAAAUCAACGUCUGUGGAAACGUGGCCGCUGCCCCGUGUGGGCCGUCCAGCGCCGUGUGCAUGCACGACCUGAAGACGAGCAGCUAUCGUUCCGUGGGUGACUCUGCCUUGAGGAGCGCAAGCAGAUCCCUUCUGGAAUUCAACACCACGGUGAGCUGUGGGCCCCGGAAUGCCGGUCACCGGGUGCAGAGCAGCAUCUCCUUCCGGUGCGGGAAGACCCUGGGAACUCCUGAAUUUGUAACGGCCACAGAAUGUGUGCAUUACUUUGAGUGGAAGACAACAGCAGCCUGCAAGAAAGACACAUUCAAAGCAAACAAAGAGGUGCCCUGCUAUGCGUUCGACGGGGAGUUGCGGAAGCACGACUUGAACCCGCUGAUCAGGAUGAGCGGCGGCUACCUGGUGGACGACUCGGACCCCGAGGCCUCGCUGUUCAUCAACGUUUGCAGAGACAUAGACUCGCUCCGCGACCCAAGCCCUCUGCUGCGUGCUUGUCCCCACGGCACUGCUGCCUGCCUGGUGAGAGGAGACCAGGCCUAUGAUGUUGGCCAACCCAAGGAGGGGCUGAAGCUGAUGAGCAGGGACAGGCUUGUCCUGAGCUACGUGAAGGAGGGGGGAGAGAAGCCGGAUUUCUGCGAUGGACACAGCCCUGCCGUGACAAUCACCUUCGUCUGCCCGUCGGAGCGGAGAGAAGGUACCCUUCCCAAACUCACUGCUAAAUCCAGUUGCCGCUACGAGGUCGAGUGGGUGACUGAGUACGCCUGCUUCCGGGACUUCCUGGAGAGCAGCACCUGCGCCCUGACCAGCCAGCAGCACGACGUGACUGUCAACCUCAGCCCCCUCGCCCAGGACCCAGGGUCCCACUACACCGCAGACGGCGGGGAGUACACAUUCUACCUGAACGUCUGUGCGGGGACAGGGGCACCCAUCUGCAACAACAAAGACGCUGCCGUGUGCCAGGUCAAGGCCAACACCAGCCAACUCAAAGUGGCAGGAAGAUACCAGAACCAGACCCUCCGGUAUUCCGACGGGGACCUCACCCUGAUCUACUUUGGAGGCGAGGAGUGCAGCUCUGGCUUUCAGAGGAUGAGCAUCAUCAACUUCGAGUGCAACGAGACCGCAGAGAAUGACGGGAGAGGAACUCCCGUCUUCACCGGGGAGAUGGACUGCAGCUACUUCUUCACCUGGGACACGAAGUAUGCCUGCAUCAGCGAGAAAGACGGCCUCCCCUGCGGAGCCAUCGACGGCAAGCGGCGCUACGACCUGUCCGCGCUGGUGCGCCACUCAGAGUCAGAACGGAAUUGGGAAGCCGUGGAUGGCAGCCAGGCGGGAGCAGAGAAGAAGCAUUUCUUCAUCAACAUCUGCCACAGGGUGCUGCAGGAGGGCCAGGCCAGGGGCUGCGCCGAAGAGGCCGCCGUGUGCGCCGUGGAUAAGUUUGGAAGUAAAAAUCUGGGAAAGUUUAUUUCUCCUCCCACGAAAGAGAAAGGAAGCCUUCAGCUCUUCUACUCAGAUGGUGAUGACUGUGGUGAUAACAAGAAAAUAAGCACUAAUAUCACACUCGUGUGCAAGCCAGGAGACCUAGAAAGCGCACCAGUGCUGAUGGCCUCGGGGGACGACGGCUGCUCCUACGAGUUCGAGUGGCACACAGCCGCCGCCUGUGUGCUGUCGAAGACCGAAGGAGAGAACUGCACAGUCAUUGAUUCGCAGGCAGGGUUUUCUUUCAACUUGUCACCUCUCACAAAGAGAAACGGUGCCUACCGCGUGGAGACGGCAAAGUAUGACUUCUACAUCAAUGUCUGCGGCCCCGUGGCUGCGGCCUCGUGCCCGCCGGACGCGGGGGCCUGCCAGGUGUCAAAAAGCGACAGGAAGUCCUGGAACUUGGGAGUGAGUAACGCCAAGCUCUCCUACUACGAUGGGAUGAUCCAGCUGAGCUACAGGGACGGCACGCCCUACAAUAACGCCAGGCGCACGCCGCGGGCUACCCUCAUCACCUUCCUGUGCGACCGCGACGCCGACGUCGGUUUCCCCGAGUAUCAGGAAGAGGAUAACUCCACCUACAACUUCCGGUGGUACACCAGCUACGCCUGCCCGCAGGAGCCCCUGGAGUGCGUGGUGACCGACCCUCUCACGCUGGAGCAGUACGACCUCUCCAGUCUUGCCAAAUCUGAAACCAGUCGUGGAAGGAACUGGUACGCCUUGGACAACUCAGGGGAGCGCAUGUCGUGGAGGAAGUACUACAUCAAUGUGUGCCGGCCCCUGAACCCGGUGCCCGGCUGCGAUCGGUUCGCGGCGGCCUGCCAGAUGAAGUUCCAGAGAGAUCAAGAUUCCUACACCGAGGUCGCGUCCAUCAAGAACCUGGGUGUGGCCAAGACGGGCCCUGUGGUGGAGGAGACGGGCAGCCUUCUCCUGGAGUACGUGAACGGCUCCGCCUGCACCACCAGCGACGGCCGGCAGACCACCUACACCACGAGGAUCCACCUGGUCUGCUCCAGGGGGAACCUGAACACACACCCCAUAUUUUCUCUCAACUGGGAGUGCGUGGUCAGUUUCCUGUGGAACACAGAGGCUGCCUGUCCCGUGCAGAUGAUGAUCGACACAGACCAGACUUGCUCUAUACGGGACCCCAACAGUGGAUUUGUGUUCAACCUGAACCCCCUGAACAGUUCGCAGGGGUACGUGAUCCCAGCCAUCGGGAAGACGUUUGUGUUCAACGUGUGCGGCACGAUGCCCAUCUGCGGGGAGGUGGGCGGCCAGCCGGCCUCUGGCUGCGAGGCAGGGACCCACACAGAGGACCUCAAGAACCUGAAGCCAGAAUGGCCCGUUGUGGAGAGGAGCCUCCAGCUGUCCACCGAGGGCUUCCUGACGCUGACCCUCAAGGGGUCGUCUUCUUCCAGAGGUGCCUCUUUCGUCAUCCGCUUUGUUUGCAACGACGACAUCUUCCCAGGAACCCCCAAGUUCCUGCAUCAAGACAUCGACUCCAGGCGAGGGGUCCGCAACACCUACUUUGAGUUUGAAACUGCGCUGGCCUGUGUCCCUUCUCCAGUGGAUUGCCAAGUCACUGACCCUGCGGGGAAUGAGUAUGAUCUGAGUGCCUUAAGCGCCGUCCGGAAGCCGUGGACUGCUAUCGACAGCUCCACUGACGGAAAGAAGAGAACCUUCUACCUGAGCGUCUGCAAUCCGCUCCCUUACAUCCCCGGGUGCCAUGGCAGCGCCGUGGGAUCCUGUCUGGUGUCAGAGGACAACAGCUGGAACCUGGGAGUGGUGCAGAUCAGCCCCCAGGCCGCGGCCAACGGCUCUCUGACCAUCGUGUAUGUUAACGGAGACAAGUGUGGGAACCAGCGCUUCUCCACCAGGAUCAUGUUCGAGUGUGCUCAGGUCACGGGGUCGCCAGUCUUCCAGCUGAUGGAUGACUGCGAGUACGUGUUUGUCUGGAGAACGGUGGAGGCCUGUCCCGUUGUCAGAGUGGAAGGGGACAACUGUGAGGUGACAGACCCCCGGCAUGGCAACCUGUAUGACCUGAAGCCACUGGGCCUCAACGACACCAUGGUGAGCGCCGGCGAGUACAACUACUACUUCCGGGUCUGCGGGAAGCUGUCCUCGGACGUCUGCCCGACCAUCGACAGGUCCAAGGCUGUGUCGUCGUGUCAGGAAAAGCGAGGGCCACAGGGAUUCCAGAGAGUGGCAGGGCUCCUCACUCAGAAGCUGACAUAUGAAAACGGCUUGUUGAGGAUGAACUACACGGGUGGGGAGACGUGCCACAAGGUGUACCAGCGCUCCACGACCAUCUUCUUCUACUGCGACCGCAGCACGCAGAAGCCCGUGUUUCUGAAGGAGACUUCAGAUUGCUCCUACCUGUUCGAGUGGCGGACACAGCACGCCUGCCCGCCCUUCCACCUGACCGAGUGCUCUUUCAAGGACGAUGAUGGCAACUCCUUCGACCUCUCACCCCUGUCGCGGUACAGCGACAACUGGGAGGCUGUCACCAGGACGGGGGCCACCGAGCACUACCUCAUCAACGUCUGCAAGUCGCUGUCGCCACAGCCCGGCACUGACCCCUGUCCCCCGGAGGCGGCCGCGUGUCUGGUGGGCGGCGCCAGGCCCGUGAACCUGGGCAGGGUGAAGGACAGUCCUCAGUGGAAAGACGGAAUCACCACGCUCAAGUACGUGGAUGGCGACCCCUGUCCCGACGGCGUCCGGAGGAAGUCGACCACCAUCCGCUUCACCUGCAGCGAGAACCAGGCGAACUCCAGGCCCCUGUUCAUCAGUGCCGUGGAGGACUGCGAGUACACCUUCUCCUGGCCCUCGGCCUCCGCCUGCCCUGUGAAGAACAACGUGCACGAGGACUGCCAGGUCACCAACCCCAGCACAGGGCACCUGUUUGACUUGACCUCCUUAAGCGGCAGGGCCGGCUUCACAGCCGCGUACAGCGAGAAGGGGCUCGUCUACAUGAGCAUCUGCGGCGAGAAUGAAAACUGCUCCCCCGGUGUGGGAGCUUGCUUCGGGCAGACCAGGAUCAGCGUGGGCAGGGCCAGCAAGAGGCUGAGCUACGUGGACCAGGUCUUGCAGCUGGUGUACGAGGACGGGUCCCCUUGUCCCUCCAAAUCUGGCCUGACCUACAAGAGUGUCAUCAGCUUCGUGUGCAGGCCCGAGAGCGGGCCCACCAACAGGCCCAUGCUCAUCUCGCUGGACAAGCAGACCUGCACGCUCUUCUUCUCCUGGCAUACGCCCCUGGCGUGUGAGCAGGUGACGGAAUGUUCCGUGAGGAACGGGAGCGCCAUCAUUGACUUGUCGCCUCUCAUCCACCGCACGGGCGGCUACGAAGCAUACGACGAGAGCGAGGAUGACUCCUCCGACACCUACCCCGAUUUCUACAUCAACAUCUGUCAGCCGCUCAACCCCAUGCACGGCGUGGCUUGCCCGGCUGGAGCCGCCGUGUGCAAAGUGCCCGUGGAUGGGUCGCCCAUCGAUAUCGGCCGGGUGACAGGCCCUCCGAUAUUCAAUCCAGUGGCCAACGAGAUUUACCUGAAUUUUGAGAGCACUACUCCUUGCCAGGCGGACAAGCACUUCAACUACACCUCCCUCAUUGCCUUUCACUGCAAGAGGGGCGUCAGCAUGGGCACUCCUAAGCUGAUCAGGACCAGUGAGUGUGACUUCGUGUUCGAGUGGGAGACGCCCAUCGUGUGUCCCGAUGAGGUGAAGACGGACGGCUGCGCGCUGACGGAUGAGCAGCUCCUUUACAGCUUCAACCUGUCCAGCCUCUCCAAGAACACCUUCAAGGUGACCCGAGACUCGCGCACGUACAGCGUGGGGGUGUGCACCGCGGCCGCCGGGCUGGACGAGGGGGGCUGCAAGGAUGGAGGCGUCUGCCUGCUCUCGGGGACCAAGGGGGCGUCUUUCGGACGGCUGGCGUCCAUGCGGCUGGACUACAGGCACCAGGACGAGGCGGUCAUCCUGAGUUACAUGAAUGGUGACCCCUGCCCUCCAGAAACCGACGAAGGCGACCCCUGCGUCUUCCCGUUCACCUUCAAGGGCAAGAGCUACGAGGAGUGCGUCGUGGAGAGCAGGGCCAAGCUGUGGUGCAGCACCACCUCAGACUACGACCGAGACCACGAGUGGGGCUUCUGCAGGCAGUCCAACAGCCACCGGACAUCCACGAUCAUAUUCAGGUGUGAUGAGGAUGAGGACAUCGGGAAGCCGCGGGUCCUGAGUGAAGUGCGCGGGUGCGAGGUGACCUUCGAGUGGAAGACCAAAGUGGUCUGCCCGCCCGAGAAGAUGGAGUGCAAGUUCGUCCAGAAGCACAAGACCUACGACCUGCGGCUGCUCUCCUCCCUCACCGGAUCCUGGUUCUUCGUCCACGAAGGAGCCACGUAUUUUAUCAACUUGUGUCAGAGGAUCUACAAGGGGCCCCUCGACUGCUCGGAAAGAGCCAGCAUCUGCAAGAAGAGCCCCACUGGGCAAGUGCAGGUCUUGGGCCUUGUUCACACGCAGAAACUGGACGUCGUGGAUGACAAAGUGACCAUCACUUACUCCAAGGGUUAUCCGUGCGGGGAAAAUAAGACUGCGUCCUCCGUCAUAGAGUUGACCUGUGCGAAGACAGUGGGCAAACCUGCGUUCACGAGGUUUGACAUCGACAGCUGCACCUACUACUUCAGCUGGUACUCCCGGGCGGCCUGUGCCGUGAAGCCUCAGGAGGUGCACAUGGAGAACGGGACCAUCAUCAACCCCAUCAAUGGCAAGAGCGUCAGCCUCGGCGACAUUUAUUUCAAGCUGUUCAGCGCCUCUGGGGACAUGAGGGCCAAUGGGGAUGCCUACUUGUACGAGAUCCAGCUGUCCUCGCUCACCAGCCCCACACACCCAGGAUGCUCUGGGGCCAGCGUGUGCCAGGUCAAGCCCAAUGACCAGCGCUUCAGUAGGAAAGUGGGCACUUCGGAAAGAACCAAGUACUACGUUCAGGAUGGCGACCUGGACAUCGUGUUCACGUCUUCCUCCAAGUGCGGAAAAGACAAGAGCAAGUCCGUGUCCUCCACCAUCUUCUUCCACUGUGACCCGCUGGUGCAGGACGGGGUCCCGGAGUUCAGCCACGAGACCGCCGACUGCCAGUACCUCUUCUCCUGGUACACCUCGGCCGUGUGCCCUCUGGGGGUGGACUUCGACAGCGAGAACACGGAGCAAGAUGAGCAGGAGCACCGGGGGCUGUCGGAGAGGAGCCAGGCUGUGGGGGCGCUGCUCAGCCUGCUGCUGGUGGCGCUCACUGGCUGCCUGCUGACGCUGCUGCUGUACAAGAAGGAGAGGCGGGAAACAGUGAUGAAUAAGCUGACCAGCUGCUGCCGGAGGAGCUCCAACGUCUCCUACAAGUACUCCAAGGUGAACAAGGAGGAGGAGACGGAGAACGAGACCGAGUGGCUGAUGGAGGAGAUCCAGCUGCCGGCCCCGCGGCCCGGGAAGGAGGGCCAGGAGAACGGGCACGUCACCACCAAGGCCGUGCGGGCCGAGGCCCUCAGCUCCCUGCACGGGGACGAGCAGGACAGUGAGGACGAGGUGCUGACCAUCCCCGAGCUGAAGGCGGCCCCGGGCCGUGGGGCCGUGCCGGACGGCUCCCAGCCCGGGAGGCUCCCUCAGCGCAAGGCCCCCAGGGGGAGGGAGGACGACCGGGUGGGGCUGGUCCCAGGCGAGAAGCUGCGGAAGGGGAAGGCGCGGCCGGUGCCACCGAAGCCGACCACCACCGCCGCUGCCGCCGCCGCCACCGCCACCCAGCUGGCCUCCUUCCAUGACGACAGUGACGAGGACCUCUUACACAUCUAACUCCGCGGUGCCUAAGGAGGGCGUGGGGCGGGCCCAGCCGAGCGCCUCCAACCAAAUCAGACUUCCACUCGGUGACGCUUCCGUGAUUUUUGCCUUUAACAAAAACUGCUUCAAAAGGGAAGAGUUUUUGUGACGGGGGAGAGGGUGCGGGGGGCCGGGCGCGGCCCCUUUGCGAUUUGUUUACAGUCAUGGGAACUUGGCACUGCUCGAAUCGGCCAGGGGGCGGUGCCUCGCGUCCCAGGGCUUGCCCCACGUCCUCGCGCGCAGGCAGAGCUGCAGGUCGGAGGGCUGUGGUGGAGAAGCCCCUCGCUGCUUUAGGCCCCGCCGAGGGCACCUCCUCAGUACGUGUUAGCAUUUAAAGCUCUCCCUAUUUAUUGACCUCGACAGUUAACUCAGGUCUGCAGAAAAGUACAAGCGAAAGAACCAGAAAGCAGCAAGUCCCUCCCCGCCAGGCAGCUUGUGCUGGGGUCUCGAGCUGUCACCAGCGCACCCCCCCAGAGCCCUCCGUUCCAUCUUGUCUCUCUUUUUGGCUGUCUGAUCCCCAGGGGCGCACGCAUGCGUGCGCGCGCUGGGGGUCCCCGCCUGCCUGGGUUCCGGAGGGCCCGCCCGCCCGGCGGUGGCAGCCGCGGCCGUACAGAGCACGUGUCAGUAUUCUGUUCACCGGCUGGUGAAUCCCGACAACCCACCCAAAGAGUGACGAUUUUUCUUUCUGUUUCGUUUUGUUCUGGUUUGGUUUCUGGUGCGUGACUAGAGUGGAGGCGUCGGCAAGGUUUCCAGCUUUGGGGCUGGGCCUCCUGUCCUCAGGCCCUCGUGAUGCCACCUUUUACUGUGCCGAUUUUUUUUUUUUUUUUUAAGGAGAAAGAGGUUUUGCUCAUACCAUUUGACCUACAAGAAGCCUUAAUUUGCACAGCGCGCGACUUAGGGAAAUUGCAUGGAAAGCGUGGGGCCAGAGCCCCGCCCCAGCCCUGCGCUGUGCUCGGGUCUCUGCCCUGCGGGGGAGGGGGUCCCGGGCUCCUCCCUGGCUCUGACUCUCUUCCGGAAGUGUUUAAUUACUUUUCUUGCAUUUAGCGUGUAUAUAGACUUGGUGGGAUUAUAUACUGAAAAGCAAACCACCCCACAGGUUGUUUGGUUUGUGCCCAGUUAGUAUGGCUUAUUUGAUUUAAACAUGAGUGUAUUUUUAAAAAUUUGAUUUUUUUUCUCUUCACUUUUUUUUCAAUCAAUCAACUUUACUGUAAUAUAAAGUAUCAACAAUUUCAAUAAAAGAUAAAUUAUU